AUGGUCGCAACCCAGCCCGAAGGCCAGGCUGCUCCCCGGGCCGGCGUAAAUACACUUGGAAGUAUAACUCCAACUUCAUCAACAGACCAAAAUGCCAUCAGAAUCCAGCUCGUUAAUGGCUCAUCAGAAAUCAGUGGUAGAAUUGAAAUAACUCGUGGGGGAACAAUAGGAAGUAUCUGUGAUGAUGAAUUUGAUGACAAUGAUGCAAAAGUUAUUUGUAGAAUGAUGGGAUACAGUACUGGAGAAGAAAUUCCAAAUAUAUUUGGAGAUGGGGAAGGUGUCAUCUGGCUUGAUAACCUCAAUUGUACUGGAUCAGAAUAUGGAGUUGAAAUGUGUCCCAAUCUUUCUUGGGGAAAGCAUAAUUGUAAACACUCUGAGGAUGUUGCCAUCAAAUGUUUCAAAAAAGGUAAAUACAACCUUAUCAUCAGCCACAAAUAUACCUCCAACUUGAACAAGAAACCAAAAUUGUAA